AAAACCAAAUGCAACGCCCAGUGAAGCUGUGGAAGAAACGAAACUUGCCGUUCCAGGAAACAAAGCCUGCACGCGCACAGGUACAUAACUGCGGUCUACCCUAACCUGAUCUCGUAGUUUUGUCGUUGUUUAAAGAUGGAGAAGAGUUACGCGUUCAGUCAGCAUUAUGAGGAGAAAAUUCGCCCUUGCAUCGACACCAUCGACAAUUUACGAUCAUUGGGAGUCGAGAAGGACCUGGCGCUGCCUGCCAUCGCCGUCAUAGGAGACCAAAGCUCGAGGAAGAGCUCUGUUCUGGAGGCGUUAUGAGGAGUUGCUUUACCCAGAGGCAGUGGCAUUGUCACAAGAUGCCCUCUGGAACUCAAGAUGAUACGAUCUAAGGAGGAAGGAUGGCAUGGAAAAAUCAGUUACCAAGAUCAUAACGAAGACUUUCAUGACCCAGAGAACGUGGAGAAAAAGAUCCGUGAAGCCCAGGAUGAAAUAGCUGGACGAGGCCUUGGAAUUAGUGCGGAUCUCAUCAGUCUUCAGAUCACCUCUCCAAAUGUUCCUGACCUCACACUCAUUGAUCUGCCCGGGAUCGCACGAGUGGCAGUCAAGGGUCAACCUGAGAAUAUUGGAGAACAGAUCAAGAGAUUGAUCAAGAAGUUUGUUACAAAGCAAGAAACGAUCAACCUAGUUGUGGUGCCGUGUAACGUCGACAUCGCGACCACAGAAGCGCUACGGAUGGCACAGGACGAGGACCCAGAAGGCGAGAGGACUUUAGGCAUCCUAACAAAGCCAGACCUGGUGGAUAAAGGCACUGAGCAGACAGUGGUGGACGUGGUACACAAUGAGGUCAUUCAUCUUACUAAAGGCUACAUGAUCGUCAGGUGCAGGGGACAGAAAGAGAUUAUGGAUCACAUCACUCUCAAUGAGGCCACGGAAACAGAGAAGGCCUUUUUUAAAGACCAUCCUCAUUUCAACACACUGUAUAAUGAAGGCUUUGCAACUAUUCCCAAGUGGGCCGAGAAACUAACAAUCGAGUUGGUUCAUCACAUUCAGAAAUCCAUGCCUCGGUUAGAGGAGCAAAUAGAAACAAAGGUAGCUGAGACACAGAAGGAACUGGAGGUGUACGGUACUGGACCACCAUCGGAACCUUCGGAGCGAUUUAGCUUUCUGAUUGAUAAAGUUACAGCUUUCACUCAGGAUAUGUUUAACCUGACCACUGGUGAAGAGGUUAAAUGUAAAUCAGACCUCAUGAUUUUCCAAGAGCUUAGGGAUGAAUUUGCACGAUGGAAGUUCCUCUUGGACCGUUCGGGAAGGAUCUGUGAGUAAAUAAUAUUAAGCAGCUAAUUCAGUUAAUAAAUGUAGAUAUAAAGUAUUAACACAGGUAAUACUAAUAAUGUUUCAAGACUAAGAUUGAAGCUAUCAAGCAGGAGAAAGAAUCGCUGGCCGCGUCCAUGUUGAGGACUCAGUUCAAGAUGGAGCUCAUUGUUUACAGUCAAGAUGGCACAUACAGUCAAAGCCUCC